GAUCAGGAGACCUCGUUUGCGAGGGCAUGAUGUCAUUCGAUUGGCCUAACGAAUUCCUGAAACGAUCAGAAUAUUCAACAAUCUCAACGAUGCUUACUUGUUACCAUCUGAAGCAGAGCGUGGCCCUCGUGAUCGCGAUGGGCGGACUUUAUCCCUGUCCAGAGGUUAUCGAAGCUAUUCUGAACCCUGAAGAUGGCCAAACCAAGCACAUUCUAGAUAUAGGAGUUGACUUAACUCCACCUCCAGUGGACACCGGGGUAUUUCCAUCCAACUUACAAUUCGAAAUCGAUGAUAUCAAUAAUGGUCUAUCCCACUUCUAUGAUCAAUACGAUCUCGUUCACCUUCGUUGCGUCAUGGGCGGAAUCAAGAACAUCGACGAAAGUAUCGUCGAAUUGCAAAAAUGCCUCAAGCCAGGAGGUGUUUUACUCAUAAUAGAAGGGGAUAUGAGUAUUUUCGAAACGAGGGAGAUACCAGCGAGGUUGAAGAAGCUCCCUGGAGAUCCGGACGUCAGUAGCGUGAGCGAGGAUGGAUCUUGGCUACGCAGGAUGGUACUAGGUGAGAAUUGGGUACCUAUAAUUUACUAUUGUUGGGAUUCUGAUUCAUUACCUCAACAGAGGCGUGCACGGCGAAACUGGUGGGUUAUACCUCCCAAUUGGCCCUUGGCCGAAGGAACUGACCAAUCAAAGGAAAAAGCUUUGGGUCCGAUUUCGAUUCUGUUGGGGUCGUCGACGAGCCGGAGAGGACCUCCCAGCUCCGUCACUGCCUCCGAGACCACAACGAUCAUCUCCAUCCCAAACGCCCCCGCCAUCUCCUGGCCGAGGGAAGAGGCUAGAGAUGAGCUCCGUCGAAGAGAGGGAAAUAUCGGUGAGCUGCCAGAGAUGGUGGUUCAGAAGACCUGGCGCAGUAUACAGGAUUGCGAGAAUCAGGGCACAUCUUCUCAGCCGACCAGUGAUGUUGUGAAUCAAUCCAAUAUGACCGAUUCUCCCGCAGAAUAG